AUGGCUACAACAGUGUGUUCUAAGGAAAUUAAAAACGAAACCAACAUCUCUGACUUCCUGCUCCUGGGCUUCCCUGAGCACCCAGAGCAGCAGCCUCUCCUGUUUGGGCUCUUCCUGGGCAUGUACCUGGUCACCGUUCUGGGGAACCUGCUCAUCAUCCUGGCCAUUGGUUCUGACCCUUAUCUCCACACCCCCAUGUACUUCUUCCUGGCCAACCUGUCUUUCAUCGAUACCUGUUUCAAUUGCACCAUUGUCCCCAAGGCUGUGAACAUCCAGACACAGCAUCACACCAUCUCCUACACUGAGUGUCUCAUGCAGAUGCACUUCUUCAUGGCAUUGGCCCUGCUGGAUGACUUCCUGCUGGCCGUGAUGGCAUAUGAUCGCUACGUGGCCAUCUGCCUUCCUCUACACUACACCACAAUCAUGCAUCCCCAGCGCUGCCUGCUGCUGGUGGCCAUGUCCUGGCUCUGCUCCCACCUCCUGGCUUUCUCACUUGCUUUUCUCAUAGCUCAGCUUUCUUUCUGUGCCUCCCAUUCCAUCCCACACUUUUUCUGUGAUCUUCUCCCAAUCCUCAAGCUUGCCUGUUCAGACACAAGGGUCUUUCACAUCAUGAUGUUCACUGAAACCACUCUCUCGGGAGUCAUUCCUCUCACCUGUGUCCUGGUCUCUUAUGCCCACAUCAUGCACACCAUCCUCAGGAUCCCCUCUGCUGAGGGGAAGCACAAAGUCUUCUCUACCUGUGGUUCUCACCUGACAGUGGUCACUCUCUUCUAUGGAACGGUCUUUCUGGUGUAUUUCCAGUCCUCAUCCCCCUACUCAGCAGAUGCUGGAAUGAUUGCAUCUGUGGUAUACACAAUAGUCACUCCCAUGCUGAACCCUUUUGUCUAUAGCUUGAGGAACAGGGACAUGAAGGGAGCUUUGCAGAAAUUCCUUGGCUUGGGAAAAUGCUGUACUCAGUAA